GCGAGGCGAGGGCGGGGCGCGAGAAAAUGCCGCUGUUAAACCGCCGAUCUCUGGACUGGCUCUACUCGCUGAUUCUUCUUGCUACUGUAUUGCUUUCGUGGGGCUAUGUCAUUUACGCGACACGAAUAGCAGCCAAAUGGCAAUUGGAGGAGUCGUAUCCCAUACAAGCCCAGAAUACUUGAGACAUCUCCAGAGUGGAAUAGCACAGAAAUACAGAGACAUUCUAGAACUCCAUAAAUCAUAAUCUGCAAAAACAUGGAUUCCAAACAAGAGUGGUUGACUCAGGAGUAAUAUUGAAGCUUCAGAAAUACAGAUAAAGAUAACAAAACAGCUGUGAACAUCUGGUACAGUACUAUUAACA